UACCCACAGAUAAUACCCGCUUAAUGAAACCUAAAAACAAGGUGAACCCGAUCGUUUCAGACUCCUGCCAGCCCCAGAACCAAGUUCCGGAUCCUGAGCUGAAGGAGAAUAAUUCGCAGAAUAUUGUUCCGAGCCACGAAGAAGCUCGGCGGAAACCCUUGAGGCCUUCCAGUCUCUUGUCCGAGGUUAGACCUCUGGACAAUGUCCCUCAAAGUCCGGAGAAUGACCACCGGCCGUCAGAGGAGUACGAUGCUCCCUGGGAGUUCAAGUCCAACAUUCUGAGGCCUUCCGUCAACGGGUCCAUUUCGGUUCCAGAGAGGCUAUCUCAGCCAAUUUCCAAUCAAAGCCAGUUGCCGUCUUCCUCCACACACGAUAAACUGGAAAGCGAGGACCAGAAAGAUAAGGACCUUCCAGUAGCUCUGCCCAAGGCAACUACAAAGCCAACUGGUCCUCCUUCCAGGUCUAACCUCAAUCUGAAUUUGAAUCUGAAUUCUGACUCGCCCAGAAAAGCGCGACAAAAUUUAACACUUAAUUUCGGUUGUGCUGCACUGAGUGCCGUUGGAGAGAAAGUGGAUGCCGAGCUGACACUAGAAAAACAAGGAUGGUAUCACGGAUCCAUCAGUCGGCUGGAUGCCGAGAACUUACUACGGGUGCUCAAGGAAGGCAGCUAUCUGGUGAGGAACAGCGAGAGUUCCAAACAAGAUUAUUCGCUGUCUCUCAAGAGUGCCCGUGGCUUUAUGCAUAUGAAGAUAGUCCACAGCGAUGGCCGAUUCAUUCUAGGACAGUUCAGCAAUCCAUUUUCCAGCAUUCCAGAAAUGAUUCACCAUUACUCAAUCAAUAAAUUACCCAUCAAGGGUGCCGAGCAUAUGUCUCUACUAUAUCCAGUCAUCGACCAACUGCUAUAACGUUUCCGACCUCAAAUUAGAAACUAUCCUAAUGUUGCAGGCUAUCGCAAAUUUCGUUUCAACUGGCAGCAUUCAUGUGAUUUUAUUUUUCUGAUUUGUUUCUUUGAAUGAUAUAUAAGUAACAUGGUUUACUUUUUGGAAUUGGAAUUCUAAUUGUAAGAAAUGCCUGAAAUUGUAAUGGACUUGCUUAUUAAACCUACCGCCAAUAUCCAUGUCAUACUUAUCGACGACAGUCUAAAAUUUAAAGUGGUGCAUUGUUUACAAAGGUUAGUUCUGAUUUAGCACUGUAAUUAAGUAAUAGAUUUUUUAGGUAUAGUAUUAGGAAGUGUAAGUUUAAAUGCAUUUAAAAUUGGCAUUAUAUUUGUUAAUUUAUUUUGCCUAUUUCUUAACCAGUUAGUACGUUGACCUCUCCGAUUAAAAGCACAAUUUAUAUUCAUUUUGUUGCAAAUUAUAUUCUUUUGAAAAGGUUCAGUUUUUUUUAUAGGAAACCUACGUAAAAUAAAUGGGAGAUUCGUAUACUGUAACUAAUAUGUUCUUGUUACAGUCUGUUCAGUGUUUUUAACAUGACUGCUAAGAGCCGUGUCUCAGUGCUGUUGUACUUAAAUAUCUUAUACAAUAAAACUUCCUUUUCAUUAAUUUUUUUGCUAUAAACGAAAUGUCUCUUUACAUAUCAUAUUUAUAAAGAGUGAUUUUUCAAUUUUAGGAAUCGUGUUGGAUAAUUAAUUAUUAGUGUGAGUUUGAUCCUUUCUGAUUAUUUAAAUUUGCAUGAACUGUUUAGGAAAUUUUUCCUUUAAUGAGUGGUAACAGGUUUUUCACAUAAAAUGUUAAUCGUGAUGCAGGUUUAUUUAUAGAUUCAUUUUACAGAUUUCAGUGCAAAAAUUUUUUCUGUUAUUAGCCUAACUUGACUAAUGAUUUUUUUAAACUUUUCUUUGUAGUUUUUUAUGGAAACGAUUUUUAUCUUUUUAAUCAUAAUUGAUGUUUUAAUUGCUUGCUGUGCUUAACGCAUUUUUAUUUUUUUAUUACUAUCACAUUUUUAAUAACAGUGCUAUAAUGUUUGUAUGCAUAAAUAUAUAUAUCUGUAACAUAUCAAAAGUUGCUUAUUUAUUUAAAAUCACAUCUGUAAUAAACUUUUAAUAAAUUAUGAUUAUCUAAGUAAUAUUUCUCUGCAAUUAGAAUAUAUUCAUCUUUAAUUCUGAGUUAAUUUAGAGUAUAAUUUCUUGAAUUGUAGUGGUUGUUAUGUUAAGUUAUUCAAUUACGGCAAAGCCUCGAGGGCUAUCUGCCUAAGGGGAGGGAUGCCUUCGUGGAGGACUUUCUAAGGGAAACUGGCUCGUAUACACGUUACACACGGGGAAAACCACGAAAACACCCAUGCAGCCAGCCCGUUCGCGGGAUUCGAACCUCGGACCGAACUACCAGUGUUCAGCGACUUUACCGCUUGGCCGCUGGUGGGCUCAAUGUUUGUGGUGUAGCUAACUAACUAUAACUAACUAAUUACUUAAAAUUUUUAACUAUAAAUAAUAUAUGAAGUAUCAGAAGUAAUGGGAAGGACGGUCAAUUCGAAACACUGUUUAAACACCAUAAAGGCUUAAUAUUACUUUUAUGCAUCACAUCCUUAUAACAUUUUGCAUAGCUUUGUUUAAUGUUAUAAGUUUUGCUGACGGAAUAUAUUUUCUAGAAAGAAACUGCUUGUAUCAAGUACUGUAUAAUUUAAAAUAAUAUAAUGGCAAGAGAGUAUUAGAGUUUUUAAAAACUUAUUUUUGUUAUCGGAAGUUGCAUACAAGAAAACUAUUUUUAAUGUCAAGUAAUAUCUUCAAUUCAGAAUUAUUGAAUAUGAAACAUGAAUAAUAUCAAGUAUUGCCACUUCCUAAAUUAGCUUAGGACACAAUUACAUGUUGUAUAUUUUUUGAUUUAUUUAUUCUAUUCUAUUUACUCAUUAUCUUUUCAUGAAUUAGAAUUUUAUGUUUAAUAUCUGGUUUGUUUUUGUCCUUUUAAAUCAUUUUAGCUUUCUAGUUUUUCCAGUAAAUAUAUUCUUAUUUAAACAAAUAAAAGCAUAUAGCUGUGUACAAAUCUAUGGAUUUUCGUCUUUCCUUCAAGUUUAGCUUAAUAAUUUGAACUUGUUAGUGCUUUUAUAAAAUUAUAGACUUUUAGAAUGUUUGCAUUUAAAAUAAAUAUUUUAAUUUAUUUAAAGAUUUUUUACUAUAAAAGUAAAGAGAUUGUCAAAUUUCCUUUUUUUAUUCAUAAUUUUAAAAUUUUAGAUUAAAUUGCAAAAUUUAAACCUUAAUACGUGGCAAUAUGUUUGCGUAAAAAGGUUGCAUUUUAUGCUAUUUCUAUCUUCCAAUUUUAAUAUCCGUAAAGUUUACUUUAUGCGUUAGUAAUUGAAACGAUAAGCUGAGCAUUUUCACUUUUGAAAAAAUGCGCUUAGGGAAGGAGAAUACCCACAUUUUUGUUUUUAUAAUACUGUAUAUAAAAUAACUGCCUACAAUUCUUUGCAUGAACAUGUAUAAUUAAGCUAGUGAAGCGACAAAAAAUUAUGAAAUGUGUUAUUUAUGAUUGUCCACUAAGUUUUUUUAAUGUGAUCAGAUAUAUACAAAUUUAUUAUGUAAAUUAUGUUACUUAGGAAUGUUUUCUUAAGAAAUUUUAAUUCUUGUCCCUAAUUAGUUGCUUUUCAGUUUUAUUAGCAUUCCAGUCGAUAGAAGAGCUAUUAGUGCAGAAUCGCAGUCUAUUUAAGACCUCUGAAGCUUUUUAAUCUCUUUCUCCUCAACAUCACUAAUUAGACUCACAUAAUCUCUUGAUUGAGAAAUAAUCGCCGUAGAUGCCAUGGCAAGCCUAAAUCCGCUUUGAGUAAUUUGUGUUGCAAAUGGUGCUAGGCCCUUUUUCUCGCUUUUAGCCGAACUGAAUAAGUUGCCUGAAAUGCAAGCAAAUCACAGAUGCUGAACCUUUCAUGUAAGGAAUAUCUAUAAGAAUUAAAGGCAAAGGCAGUUACGGCGUCCCAAAAUUUAGCUCAUUUAGGCAAUGAUUAGCUCAUUAAGUGUGGAAGUCACCUUUUAAAUUGGGUAUUUGAGGAAUUUUUUUAAUUAAAUUCAGUUUGAAAAUUCAUCUUGAGUCUGCUAAGUCUUUAAUAUAGAAAAGUCUGAGUAAGAAAAUUACAUGCAUUUUACUCUUUGAUAAAUUAGCUAAUCUAUUUACACUAAUUAGUGCAACAAAAAUAAUGCUUAUGUUUGAUAAUAAGAAGAUACACAUGUAUAUUAAAUAUAUUUUGCUUGCAAAUGGAGGAUAAUUUAAAUAAAAUUAAACACGAUAUUAAUGAAUCAGAGUCGGCUGCAGACAUUUUGCCGCCCACUGCAAUCUCUUGCACUUGUGUUUUCUUUGUGGCUGCUAUUUUCUGACGCCCAGCACCUCCGUAAAUUCUUUAAUGUCUAAAAUUAGAAGUGCCGGAGCCCUAUGGUAGACCAGCAAUGAGGAACAAGAGCAAAUAAAUAAAUAAAAUGACUAUUAAACUCAUUAUUAAUAAUUUAAAAAUUAAAUAGUUAAUUAUGAUCACAUUAAUUAAUAGCUAUUUAAUUAAUGUUU